AUGGAGUCCGAAGACUGGUUUUUCAAUUCGAUCACGAACUACAUCACUCCCGGCAAAACGGCCAUCACCGCGGCGCUAGAGCCUCGACCCAUCUUUACGCUACCCCAGAGCCACACUGUCUACUUGCCUUCCAGUUGGCCCGUGCUAAUGCGCAACAGUGCCUUCUUUCCGCAGUACCUGUUGCAGAGUCACUUCGAAAAAUGA